AUGACAGGCACAUCAGCCCCGCCGACGCGACGCGGAGCUCUCAUUGUUGUCGAGGGACUCGACCGCGCGGGCAAAUCGAGUCAAUGUGAGAUGCUACGGGAUUCGCUCUCGCAGCAAGGGCACGUGGUUAAAUACAUUCGAUUCCCAGACAGAACGACACCCAUUGGGCAAUUGAUUGAUAGCUAUCUACGCGGCACGUCGCACCAAGACGACCAUUCCAUUCACCUCCUUUUCUCGGCGAACCGGUGGGAGAUUGCAAAGAGCAUCGAAGAAGAUAUCACGAACGGAACAACAGUUAUUGUAGACCGAUACUCAUAUUCCGGUGUUGUCUACUCCGCCGCGAAAGCGAAUCCCACACUAUCACUGGAGUGGGCAUGGCAGCCAGAAAUCGGUCUGCCGCGCCCGGAUAUCUGCCUAUUCCUUAGUAUUUCACCAGAGGAAGCAGCGAAGCGCGGUGGGUUCGGUGCCGAGCGAUAUGAAAACGAGGCAAUGCAGACCCGUGUGCGAGAGCUCUUCCGGACGAUCUUCGAGAAGCAGGAGGAUGUUUCCAUUAUCGAUGCGGGUAAAUCCAUCGAUGAGGUGUCACAAGAGAUACAGGGUGCUGUAGCUGGUUGCAUUGCGCGUUUGGACGUGACCGGCGCGUUGAGGAAAUUGGAGCCUCUUGCGAAUUAG